UCUAUUGUGUGUGUGUGAGGACGUAAAUUAUUAGAUUGACCUAAAUUGUGGAUUGUGGGUCUAUUUUUUUCUGUUCAAAAAACAUGGAAAUUUUUGUGCCGUCUCUUUCUCUCCCACACGCACACAAUCGCACACCCAAUCAUCAAUGCCUGCAAUAAAAGAAGGGCGCGGGACUGAAAAAACAAAUUUCAGAUUUUCAUGGGGUCCAAUUCAAACUCGAUAACAUUCUCAUGCCCUAGAUAUAGAUCCAUUUUCCCGCCAAAAUUCCAUAUUCCGUCACCGACCCAGAUGCUUAAUCUGUACCAAUUUCAUGUUUAUGUCGUCAAAAUCGUUUAUUGUAUUUGAAUUUUGAAGUGUUUAUCUAUUGCCCUCUGUGUUUUUGAGGGUUUGGAUCUUUAUUUUUUUUUUUUUUGGGAAAAAAAACCAACCAGCGAAUUGCUUUUUAGGGUUUGAAUUCGGAAUCCAUGGCAGGGUGGUCGUGGUUAGCGGAGGAGUCUGCUUUGGAUUGCAACGAAACCCCGAAAGAGGACCCGACGGACGGUUCCUCGGCCGAUCUUGAACCGCCUCCGAAAUCUCCAAAACGGUUCGUUUUUUACGUGCCCGAUAAGCUACGAUGCUGGUUCGAUCAGUUUCUUGGGGGUUUUCUGAAAGAGAUCUGUGCCCAAGACCUGCUCCGGCCUUUGCCUCCGAUGAUCAGUAAUGGGCAGCGGGUGGAUUUGCUCAAACUAUUUUGGGUUGUAAGAAGGCGAGGUGGGUUUCUUGUUCUUUCAGAAAUCGGGGUUUGGGAUUCAGUGGCAGAAGAGUGUGGCUUGGGUUUGAGUCUUGGCUGGGCUGUGAAAUUGGUUUAUGUUAAGUAUUUGUAUUUGCUAGAGAAGUUUAUAGAAAAGAAGGACUUGGAAUGGAGUUUGGCUAGUAGUGAUAUUGAUUUGGGUGAGCAUUUGAUGGCUUUGCAGGAGGAGUUAACAGAGUUCUUCUCAGAUAUGUCUGACCAAAAAUUGAAAGACGGGGGUUACCCGCAUGUUGAAUUGUCAUCUAAGAGUUUUAAAGAUAGUAAUGAGGUGGAAAGUGCAGUAGCAGAUUCGGGUAGGCUCAAGAAAAGUGGUGUUAGUGAGGAAUUUCUAGAUUUGGAUACGAUGAGUGUGGCAAAUGUUUUGAAUGCUGGAAAAUUUGGCAAUGGUAAUGUGCCUUUGUCAGGUUGUGGCAUGAAAUAUUUUGUGGAUUUGACGAAUAGCAUGGAGGAUGAUGACAAUUUGUGUGACAAUAAUGAGGUAAAAAGUGAGAUGGGGGAAUCGGGGAGAGGUAAGAAAAAUUAUGACAUUGGUGAAGAAGUCAUGAUUUUGGAUCCAUCUGCUGUUGAAGAAGUCAUGAUUUUGGAUCCAUCUGCUGUUGAAGAAGCGAACUCUUUCUGUAAAAGGAAGCGAGAGUCAUUCAGUGGAAGUGAGGUGGGGGAAUUGCGUAGAGGGAAGAAAAAUCACAGUAGCGAUGAACAUGUAAUGAUUUUGGAUGCCUCAACGGUUAAAGAAAAGAGUCCUUUUUGCGAAGCAAAGCAAGAAUCACUGUGUAUGCUGAAUUGGGUUAAAAAGAUUGCAAAGGACCCUUGUGAUCCUUCAGUUGGUUCAUUACCAGAGAGGUCAAAGUGGAAGUUCUUCGGGAAGGAGGAGAACUGGAUGCAGGUUUUGCAGGCUCGAGAAGCUAUCUUUCUGAAGAGGAAUGCUGAUUCAGGUCCUGAACAGUCUAACUGGCAGAAGAAUCAGAGGAUGCAUCCAAGCAUGUACGAUGAUAAUUUUGGCUCCGCUUACAAUCUUAGAGAGAGGCUAAGGUUGGAGAAGAAGCUUCUUUCAGACGGGAGAACACCACAAUCAGGACCUUGUUCAGAGUCAUCCUCGGCCAGUGACUUGGACAAAAAUAGUCCUGGCAUGGCAGGGAUGGAGGAUGAGUUGCGAGGAACCAGUGAUUAUUCUCCAAGCCACAUUCCUCUCGGGUCAAAUUAUCAAGCUCAGCUGCCAGAAUGGACUGGUGAGGCUUCUGAAAGUGAAUCAAAGUGGUUGGGGUCCAGGAUUUGGCCAUUGGAAAAACCAAAGCACAGAUAUCUCAUUGAGAGGGAUCCUAUUGGAAAGGGAAGACAAGAAUCUUGCGGAUGCCAAGUGCCAGGUUCUAUAGAAUGCGUCAGAUUUCACAUUUCUGAGAAAAGGUUAAGAGUUAAGCGGGAACUGGGGGCAGCUUUCUACCACUGGGAAUUCAAUCAGAUGGGCGAGGAAGUUGGACUCCCUUGGACAGCAGAAGAAGGAAAGAAGUUCGAGGCCUUAGUAAAGUCAAAUCCUCUAUCUAUUGGAUUGCGUUUUUGGGAUGAGAUAUAUAGGACUUUUACUAAGAAGAGCAGGAGAGAAUUGGUUAGCUACUAUUUCAAUGUCUUUCUCUUGCAGCGUAGAGGAUACCAGAACAGGUUUACUCCAAACAACAUUGAUAGUGAUGAUGAAGAAUUAGAGUCGGAAUCAAUGACUAACGGUUUUGGGAAUGAUGAACACAAGUCAUCAAAAUCAAUCUUAAAAUCCCCACACAAGCCACAUGCAAAACACAGGAAAGAGGCAUCGAGGCCUUUUUGAAAUAGAAAUUAUGCGUGGUAAAGAUGGUCCAUUUUCAGAAGUGAUUUUGAAGCGGUUUAAUGACGAACACGGGCUUGGAAGCGCAGCUGUGGCGAUUCGAAGCAGCAAUGAUGCUCUCUGGGUCUGGUUCGUCUACUUCAUCUUCUGAGAUGCAGGUUUUUAUUUUUAUUUUUGGGGGACGUUUCUUUUAGGUUUUUGACAGCAAAAGCUGAUUGAAAAAGAAGCCUUUGGGAAUGAAUACAGGGAACAGCGAAAGCGGUUAGAUGUAGACCUUAAACAGUGGUCUCAAUCAUAGAACUUGUAAUUGCAAUUGCUGUGGUUUAUGAAAUUGGUUAAUUGAAUGGAUUUUGCUCAGGCAUUUUUGUUUUGGUU